AAAGCCAGGAAUAACAUAUCAAUUUUGUCCGCUUGAGAUGUACUAUUAUGUGCAACUGAUAUAAUUUUUCAUUGCGGAGUUUUAGAGUUAUAAACGUGAUCAAAAUAUGGACGACCUAAAUCAACAAUUCGCAACCUUGCAAAUGUCACUAAUUCUUACCUUUUUUAUUUUUCAAAUGUAACAAACCGAUUUGUAAUCUCCCAUGUACUUAGAUAGGAGGCCCCGAGGUAAAGCUUUUAGCACACAUGUAAGAUCUGCCCGACUCUUGGCAAAGCCCCGUGAGUGGGUGUGUGCCAUGGUGUGUACCAAAGACUUCAAGGUCAUCAUCAUCAUCACCUAUAAAUCAGCGCCAGCUAGUCCUAUCGCUAUCGUCUGUAGUAAUGGCGGCCCGCAGAAAUAGAGUCCACAAAUCGGCACCGACUUGACUGCGAAGACUGCGAGACCGCACUGAUUAGUCGUGAAAGAUUGCGGAAACAAAUCGCCGGCGAAAGGGGGGCUUGCAUAAAGCGUUGCCUUAGCCCAAGGUCGAUUGGCAAGUCUGCGAAGAACACAAGGAAAGAUAUAAAAUUUGUGGAUGCUUAGAGGCUUUGGUAACGUUUGACGACGGUGCGCAGUGGCGCAGCAUGUGAAGAUGUCAGACAUUUACUGAGUGCGCUUUACUGCUAGCCGCCCGCGUUAUCUGCGAGCGAGCGAGAGAGAGAUGAACUUGGUUUUACAAAUUGCUUUUUGUAGAGUAUAGGAGUAGCGAACGCGACGGCUCUAUGCGCAGUAUCAGUGGCCUGAAGAAACGCAUCGCUGCAUGGUUCCUGAAUAAUGUGCGACAGCCGGCGCGCGCUCAAGAACCGCCGCGCCGUGAUCGCUGUCGCUCUGCAGCAUGGAUUUUAUCGCACGCUCGGAACUGCGCGUAGUCGCUGUCGGUACGGUGUGUAGACUUGCGGUACAUAAAUGCGCGUUCUCAUUCCUAUCAUUAAGCCCGGUUCACAUGGUGCGAUGUUACAUUGCGUUUUUCGCAGCUACGAUUUCCCCAAAUGCGAACUUCGCAUUGCCAUUUCACAUGCACCCAGCGCUGCAGCUGCGAUUUUUGGCAUUUUCGAGCACCAAGCAGAGGCCUGGAGUAUUCUUGGCGUCAGUUUGCUUCGCAUCGAUGCCUUUCAGCUGUCCAGCAACUGCAGAUGGUGAGAUGUCACAUCAAGGAUGCUUCCAUCGCUGUAACUCCUGUCACUAUGAGACUGACAAACUGUCUAGUCUGAAAGCACACACCAGGGUCCAUGCAGGCAAGCGCAUCAAGGCAUUCAAGCGAUCCAGCAACUGCCAAGGUAUCGGGGCGUUCGAGCCGUCCAGCAGCUACUGAGAACGAGAAGUCUCAGCAGGGACGCCUUCACCGUUGUCAUCUCUGUGACUAUGUGACUGAAAAGCUGUUUAAUCUUAAAGUACAUUACCGGAUCCACACAGGCGAGCGACCGUUUCAUUGCCACUUCUGCCCUCAGACCUUUUCACAAAGCCCCCACCUCAAGUCACACCUGCGUCUCCACACAGGCGAGCGACCGUUUCAAUGCAAGGUCUGCUUUCAGAGCUUCUCUGUAAGGUACAACCUCAAGUCACAUAUGCGCCUCCACACUGGUGAGCGACCAUAUCGCUGCACAAUCUGCUCCAAGGCGUUUGUGCAGCGCGGUCAAUGGAACAGACACAUGAGAGCACAUCAGCUCCAGGAUACCACCCAGUGAAGUAGAUGAUGUAGUUGUUUGAGUGGGCUUCGCAACCUCAGUAGUCAAGUGAGAAACUUCUUGGUACAUUAGAGCAAUGGGAUGUUGUUUUCCUCCAAAGAGCCAGCUAUAUCAAGUUUCGUUUAUUUGGUUCCCUAGAUGGUGUCUAAGAGAAGCUCAAGGCUAAAGGCUAAACUGCCUGACGAGGCCUUGACCUCUUUUAAAUACAACUUAAUUACGUUUUACUUUUUACACAUUUAUCAGCUUGCUUAAAGUGCGCACAAUACCAUGAAAGGUAAUACACAAAAAUUAGAAGCAUAAGAAACGUGACAUAUAAACACAUAUAGCAGUUGCACAGCUUAAUAAACCCUAUCAAUAAACAGGUAGUAAGCAUUGGAACAUCUGAGAAAAUGAAGCACUUCUGUAGAUGUAUGCAUAAAAUCGUGACAUGGUAGGCGGAAGUGAAAAGGAAAUAUACAAUUUAUGUCCAUGGGGAGAUCGUAGGAGGAGAACGAAGUACAUGAGUAACUCUCAGAAGGCAUUGUGUGAUGCAUCAAUGAGUUGCAAUGGCACAAUUCAAUAGUAGUAUUACUAAGAAGUCAGCGUGCAUACCUUUUAAGUAAAUGACAUGCUAUUGGAAAUAAAACCUGUCUUCACAAAUAAUAGCACC